GUGAUUGAAGUCAAAGGCAAGUGGGCAGGACAUGUAGCACGAAUGAAGAACCACGAAUGGGCUAAGAAAACGACAGAAUGGACUCCGUGGGACAGGAAGAGAGGAAAGGGAAGACCAAAGAGAAGAUGGAGAGAUGAGAUCGAGCAGAAGGCAGGCAGCACGUGGACCCAGAGUGCCCAAAACCGUGAUGAGUGGAGAAAGAUGUGGAGGCCACCCGCCAGCAGUGGUGUGACAGGCUAAUGAUGAUGAUGAUGACAAAGGAAAUGUUCUCUUCUCAAUUUGAUUCUUAGUUGAUAGCCGAGACUCGCUUUCAAAAUCAGCUUAUGAAAACGAAACAGUUCUCGGAAUUCCGAACUGGGGCCUGACUGAAGAGUAGAAAUCAUUUGCUGGCAAAAUCAAAUGUGAUUCUUAUAUCUUGAAUGCACUGUCACUGUGAAGAUGAAAACAGAACUGAGAAUGAUUUUAAAAACACAUAAGAGUAAGCUGAUAUCAUGUGUAACGGAAGGCAUAUUGCUAGGCCUCCUUGCUAAGAUGGACAUCUAUUUAGACGAUAUGGACGUUCAAAGGAUCAAAUGCGAAAUGCAGAACAAUGGAAAAAGUUCUGCCGCGUUUGAAUUGUUUAGAUGUUUACAGUCAGCUGAUGAUGCCUCAUUCAAGGAACUUUUAGCUUUCUUGCAGAAAAACAAAGCCACGAAAUCAGUGUACAUAGCAAUCUCAAACGAGUGUACAAAAAGUGGUCUUCAGUCAAUUCUUCCAAGGGAAAGGAAUGUUUCAGGAGAAAUUUGCGAAAAGAGCGAGAAAGAUCUGCCAUAUGAAAGUAUGAAAGCUUCAAAUAGAGUUGAAGACCAAUACCAGCCUUUAAAGUCUGAAAAAGGUGAAUAUCAAACUGUUGCUGGCAGUGGAAAUGUUAAGAGUCCUAUCCAGGAAAAAGGGACAGAUACACAAGAAGUAAAGAAUUCCCAAAAUUUUUGUGGAGGUGAAACAGAAGCUCCAGUCAAACGGUACAAAAUGACCAGUUCCCCUAAAGGCAUUUGCCUAAUUAUCAAUAGUAGAUUUUGUGAAUCAAGAAAAGACAUGAAGAAAGGGUACGAUGACCGUGAUGGUUCAGAAGUUGACGAAAAGAAUCUUAAAGAAGUUUUCAAAUGGCUGGGUUUCGAUGUCAAGAUUCACAGAAACAAAAAAGCUUUAGAAAUGUGGAAUAUACUUUCAGAAUGGUCAAAGAGCAACCAUUCUCAAUAUGACUCCUUUGUUACAUGUAUUUUGAGUCAUGGAAAGCAAGAUAUUAACACAAACAAGGAUGAAAUUUGUGGUGUUGAUGGCAAGAGUUUCCCAGUAGAUGACAUGAUCCAGGCUUUUAAUGGAGAAAAUUGCUCUUCUUUAAUUGACAAGCCAAAGCUUUUCUUUUUACAAUGUUGCCGCGGAAUCUUUACAGACAAGGGAAUGCCUGAACAAAAUAAUAUUGUGUCAGAUGGUUUGCAAGAGCAACAUCAAGCAAAAGUGCCAAUGCUUUGUGAUGUCUUUAUUGGAUACUCUACUCCUCCAGGUUUCAAGAGUUGGCGAAACACCACUGAAGGAUCUUGGUAUAUUUCAAAGCUUUGUGAAGUUUUUGCAGAUCUGGCAAAAGAUUUUGAUCUGAUGACGAUGAUCACAAAGGUCAAUGAUGAAGUUUCAAAGUUUUACACUGACGAGGGUUUUAAACAAGUGCCAAAUCCAUCAAUGACAUUGAGAAAGCUACUAUUUUUUAACCCGAUUCAUGGUAGAUAAUAAAAGUGGAUUAGAUUCAAGUACAACAUUAUCUGUAUUAUCAACAGUAAGGUUUAAUGGCUCGCAGCGACAAAUGUAAAGCGAUUUUUUCAAUAGACUUGAAGCAAUGGAAGAGAUACAAGUUGAAAUUGCUAGAAUUUCUUAACCCGGUUCGUAAAUAUUAUAAACAAUAGGUUUUGUAACACACAGGAACAGAUUGAUAUAUUCUCAUUUUUAAGCAGAUUUGAAGUGAAAUGCAAGAGGUAAAAACUUUGAAUUUAGGUUGAAUAUUGAAUUCUUUCUCUAUCUUUACACAAAAACGGCAAAGCGAAUGAAAAGAAACAGGGAAAAGGGGGGAAGGAAACGAAAAUGAUAAUGAAUAUAUAAAAGAGGGAAAACAGAAUGGAUUUUGAACAAAAAACCGAACUAUUUUCUUCUUCUUCCUUUUUCUUCUUCUUUCUUCCUCUUUCUUUUUCUUUGUAUUCCUUAGCUUCUUGCUUUAUGUUCUCCCUAAUUCUUCUUCUUUCUACUUUCUAUUCCAAUUUCCUUCUUUCUCCUUGUUUUCUCCUCUCACUUCUGUUUCCUUUUUCUUCUAUCUUCUCCUUUCUUCACUUUUCCCCCCUUUUUCUUCUUUUUCUUUUACUUCUUUCUAAUACACUUUCGCUCUAUUUCUUCCUCGCAUUCUUUGUCUUUCCGUCCUUUUUUCUUACUUCUUCCUCCUUUUCUUCUUCAUUAAUGCUCUUGCAUUUUUCUUUUUUCCUCUGACAUCUAAAAUCUGAGCCGAGAAAUACAUCGGUACAGACCAUGAAGUGAUCCAGGUAACCCUCCUUAUGAUGCUAGUCAAUAAAAUGGACCAGGGACUGGACGUCCUAGGCCUUUAGGAACUGAAAGCCCCUUUCUAGCUUAAAUAACAAAUGUUUGGUUGUUUUACAGCUUGCAUCUUUGCUUAGUGACUCAAAACUUUGAUAUCAUCAUGCAAUUUGCUUUGUCAUUUUGCGAAUAUAUUUUUCUGUUCAUUAAUUAACUUUGUUUUUUACCUUAAUCAGUUGAUGUAAUGUUGUAGGUCUUUUUAAUGUUUUUAUUGCACCUUUUGUAUAAACAUGAUUAUUAAUGAUAGAUUGAUAUUAUUUGAUUAGCUUUAACGUAGCCUGAAUAUUUCGUGGCAAAGCUAGAUUACUUGGAA